UAUAAUUGUUUUCAAACAUCCUUAUCUUGAAGUCAUAGCAUAGUAAAACUAGUGUUAUUUUGUUUUUAAAUAAAGAGUAAUUAUCUAACAUAAAUUAACACUACAGUAGCUUUGCAUAUAAUGUUCCCAUCCUUUGACAUUACCUUGGUUUUGCUGCCAAUGGCGUUUUGUUGUUUGGGGGUCUUUUAUUUUGAAAUGGUUAAGUCAAACAGGAAGUCUUUAAACCAAACCGGUUCUUUUGGACGCGUUAGUUUUGUGUAUACAUUUUAAAAUUGCUGUUUAUUAAUAUAUUUUCACUAAGUGUCACAUUUUCUGUUUUUCUAUCGCUGGUGUGACGUCAUCGCCAUGUCUUCCUUCUCUGGUCAGUUACUGGAGUGGGUGGUAGUACUCAUUCGUUUCUGACAAACAGAUUAGUAACCAUUGACUUCAUUGAAAGAGAAGAGGGAGACAACGAGAAAGUCACUAGUGAUCUGAGCGAGACGUCAGUCAGCGCUAGAGAUUUCUGACAUAAAAUUUUAUGAAAACGUUUCUUUGUUUACAUAUAGAUUCAGGUAAAUAGUGUUUUUAAAAUGUCGAGGGGCUGCUUUAUGUAUUUUGCUUAUGGUAGCAAUUUAUUGAAAGAGAGACUCCAGCUGAAAAACCCGUCAGCUGUGUUUCACAGCAUCGGCAAAAUUAAGGGCUACAGGUUGAACUUUGGGCUUCCGGCUGACAUUACAAACUGUGCCUGGCACGGUGGAGUGGCCACCAUACAGGAGUGUGAUGGAGAGGAGGUUUGGGGAAUCGUGUGGACGUUAGAUCAUGAAAACCUGUCCACUUUAGACCAACAGGAACUGGUGAAAGAGGGAGUGUACAGCCCAUUAGAGGUGAAAGUGGAAAGAGACGAGGGACCGAUUCUCUGCCGGACAUAUAAGAUGAACAAUUUUAGACAUUGUGAACCUUCACCACAGUAUAAAAAGGUUGUGUGUUCGGGGGCACAACAGAACGGCCUGCCUCAAAACUACAUACAGAAGCUUCUGGCACUGAAGACAAAUGACUACAGCGGUCCUUCAGUAUUAGAUCAGAUUACCAUCGAGAAAUGACCCGCAGGAGACACCAGUAUUUGUUACAAUAUUCCAA